AUGGGUGUGGGGCCCUUAUCCCCCAUGCAUGCGCCCGCGCUGCAGUACCUGCAGGUGAGGGCGGCGGUGUCGCCCGCGGUGGUGCUGUUCCUCACGGCGCAGGGCGUCUUCCGCGGUCUCAAGGACACCCGCGACGCCCCUCGCUGCCAUCCGUGGAGCGGCAACGUGGUGAACAUCCUGCUGGACCCGCUGCUCAUCUUCUCCUGCGGCUGGGCGUGUCCGGCGCUGCCAGCGGCCACGGUGGGCAGCACCAGUAACGAGCAUGGCGGGGUGGCUGCUGCUGCGACUGAGUGCCACAGUGCACCUCAUCCCGCCCUCGCUCUCCCUCCUCUCCUUCCACCGCUUUCUUCACGUCCGGGCGUCUUCCCUCUCAACCCUGCACCGCGCCCUCUUCCCCGUGCAUCCUCCCUGCAGGCGGGCUGCUACUGGGGCGAACGGUGGGCGCUGUUGGGGGCGAUGGCGGUGGGGACGAGCAUGGCGGCGAGGCAGGGGGCGGUGCCCAUGGCGGCACACCAGCUCGCUCUGCAGCUCUGCCUCGCCGCCUCCCUGCUCUCUGACUCCGUUGCCCUCGCUGCUCAGACCCUAUUGGCAUCAGCCUUUGCACGCAACGACACGGUCAUGGUGCGAGCCAUCAUGCUGCGAUCGCUGCAGAUAGGGCUGGGCAUGGGGGCGGUGAUGGGGGUGGUGCUCUCGCUGUCAGCGCAGCUGCUGCCAGCGCUCUUCACCUCGGAUGACCGUGUGCUGCUGCAGGCGGUCGCCCUCAUGCCGUUCGCAGCGGCGAUGCAGCCCCUGGCGAGCAUGGCGUUUAUGGCGCUGGCGCCAGCAGCAGCAGCAGUGCUGGUGUAUGCACCGAGCGAGUGGGGCGUGGAGGGUGUGUGGAUCGGCCCUCUCUCUCCUCAUGGCUGCCCGCAUGUUUGCCGGCUUCCUCAGGUAUCUGGGAUGGCGGAGGCGGGAAGUGCCACCGCGCGAUCGCCGGCGGAAGAGGCGGGAGUGGAGUCCGACAUGGCGCGACUCGCGGUGGCGGAUGCGACAGACGGGAAGCCCGCAGGCGGCGGUGCUGACGUGGACGAGUUGGAUGACGUGGAGCAAACAGAGGUGGUUCUGUUCCACCUCAAGGAGUGCUACGUGUACAAGGUGCGCACCGUCACCCAUCCUCCUUCCCGCUUCCGCGCAUUUCUGAUUCGUGCAGUGGCUAUGCGCUCAGGCGAGUCGCGAGCAUGCGGCACCGCAUGGCGUAAUGUCAUCACCUUCAUUCUCCUUUCCCCUGUCCCGUCUCCCCUCCCUGCCCUCCCGUCCCCUUCCCUCGCGCUCCCCGCGGGUGCUGAUCCCCCAUUGCCACGAGGCGGCACCAGAUUCCCCCACGCAAGACAGCAGCGUCGUACAGGUGCGCGCACCCUCCCUCACUCCCCUCCCUCCCCUCACUCCCACUCCCCGCACCCUCCUCGUUCCCCUCACUCCCAGGCGGACGAGUGGGACAUAAACAGGUGGGCGUGGGAGGGCGCCAUCAGCGUGGUGUCACGAGGCGACCACUGCAGCAUCCGCCUGCUGGACGCCGCCUCAGGGGACCUCUUCGCGCACAGGCGCCCGUGGCGGCCCAACCACCCGCUGCCCCUGGAGGCCGUCAUCGACAGCAGCCGCUUCUUCGUGCUGCGCAUCGAAGACUCCUCCCCGCCCCCUCCCUCUACUGCCUCUGCAGCCUCUGCCUCCUCUGCUUCCUCUAGCAAGGCUGGGAAGCCCGCUGCGGCGGCGGCACCGGUGGUGAGGCAUGCGUUCAUAGGGUUGGGGUUCCGGGAGCGCACGGCGGCGUAUGACUUCCAGGCGGCGGUGUACGACCAUGUCAAGUACGUGCACAAGCAGCAGGAGGCGCGCCGCAUGGGACAGGCGUUUGAGUCGCGGCCUGCUGCGGACUACCGCCUCAAGGAGGGGCAGAAGCUGCACCUCGACAUCAAAACGCCGGCACGGGCGAAGCCAAGCACAGCAGGGCUGCCGCUGUCGCCCACCACGCCGGGCAACGUGGCCUUCAAGUCGCCCUCCCUCACAGGCCCUGCCCCUGACGCCUCUGCUCCCAUGCGCCAAGCCUCAGGGGACCAUGCCGCUGCUGACUCCUCCCCACCGCAUGCAACCGCAGCUGCUACCACCGCAGGCGCCUCCCCCCCCAUCCUCCCUCCCCCUCCCCCGGCGCGCCUCUCCUCGCCUCCUUCCGCGUCGCCCUCCUCCCCUCCCUCCACGUCCUUCUCUGUGCGCUCCUUCCCCCCAGCAGCCCCCUCGCCCUCCAUCGCAUGGGCGUUCCAAUCCGACGACCCGCCUGCCUCUGUCACCUCCGCGCCCCAGUCCGUCAUGCCUGCAACCUCUGGAGGCAGUGAGGGCGCUGGCAGUGCAGCAGCAGCGGGGGAGGACACAGAUGACUUUGGGGAGUUCGUUGCUGCGUGA